GACCCACCACCCAUGUGCCCUCCCUCCUGUCUCCACCAGCUCCUGCCUCUCAAUCAUUAGCUCUCUGUUUCCUCUCCUCUCUAACUCCUCCCCUCCCCCCUCCCAAAAAAACCCUACUCCCCCACUCUCCUCCUCUCCACCCAUGUCUAAUUCCGAUUCUACCCCCGCCAACGGCGCCAUUCUCAACCCCUCAGCCAACACUAACGGCAACGGAGUCUUGACUGUAAAGAAGCCGCCGGCUAAGGACCGUCACAGUAAAGUUGACGGACGUGGGCGGCGAAUUCGCAUGCCGAUUAUUUGUGCUGCUAGGGUUUUUCAGUUGACUAGAGAGUUGGGUCAUAAAUCUGAUGGUCAGACCAUUGAGUGGCUACUGCGUCAAGCUGAGCCGUCGAUUAUUGCUGCUACUGGUACUGGUACUACUCCGGCUAGCUUCUCGACUCUGUCGGUGUCGGUUCGGUCCGGUGGAGGUAACUCUAACUCUCAUUCUAUAUCGAAUUCGUCGCUAAUUUCCGAUCAUAAGCCGGUUUUAGGGGCGACGCCGUUUAUUUUAGGGAAACGGAUGAGAAUUGACGAUGAUGAUGGCAGUAAUAAGGAUGACAUUAUUGGAGUCUCUGUUGGUCCCACUGUUGGGUCCUUUGUGGGUCCGUCUCCGACUUCCGCGGGUGCCGGCGGGUUCUGGGCUGUGCCGGCUAGACCCGAUUUUUGGGGAUUUGCUGCUGCGGCUGCUCAGACGGAUUUAGCGGCAGUUCAGCAGCAAACCUCUCUGUUUGUGCACCAGCAGCAAGCGGCCGCGGCAGCUGCUGCAAUAGGCGAGGCUUCGGCUGCUCGAGUUGGGAAUUAUCUCCCCGGACAUCUUAAUUUGUUGGCUUCGUUAUCGGGCGGACACGGGAGUUCAGGACGGAGAGAGGACGAUCACCGUUGAGAAUUCGAGUGAUUGGAUGGUGAUUCUGCGGCCGCCGCGGCAGUUUAUGGUAUAUAUAUGUGUAAUAUAUGUGAAAUUAUUGUUUUUGUGUGUGUGAAGAUGAAUGUUGAGCAUGUUAGUGAAGUUAGGGUAGAUUUUUUUUCCUAUUUUUCCCCCUUAUAUUAGGGAUUGAAGGGUAAUUUGGAGUUGAAUUGAAGCAUGAAGGCAUGUUUGGAUUCAAUUAGUGAAGUAGUUUUGUUUGGAGAUGAUGAUUAAUUCAAUUAGAGGGUUCAAUUGUUUUUAGUUAAUUUGGUUCAUUUUUAGGAGAAGAAGAAGGGGAAAAGAAGCAAAUAAUGAUUCAUAAAUGAGUAUGGCUCAAAUUGGAUUUUCCUAUCAGAAGUUGUAGUGAGUUUAGAAUUUGUUACUUUGGAAAAAAAAUAACAAUUUCCAAGUAAUUCUAUUUUCCCAUUGUGUGUAACAUGUUUUUUUAAGUACUCAUUGAUAGAGUGCAUUUGUGCAAGGGAAUUAGAGUUUUUUUUUC